UCAUAUUUGAGAGAUGUUGGUGAUGCUGUUAACGAGGAGCUUGAUGAUCGGAAGUUUGACAUUCUGAAGUGGUGGUCUCGGAACAGUGUUAGAUAUCCCAUUCUUGGAGAGAUGGUUAGGGAUAUAUUAGCAGUUCCAGUAUCCUCUGUUGCCUCGGAGUCCGCUUUCAGUUGUGGAGGUCGAGUUCUUAGUCCUUUCAGAUCAUCUUUGAGCCCAAACAUUGUAGAGGCCUUGAUUUGUGCUGAAGAUUGGAUAAGGUAUGAAAGUGGAAAGACUGUAGAUGAGCUGAAUGAUAAGGAAGAAGAUCAGGAGACAAUCGACUUUGAGAAUGCGGCUAAUACUUUCCAAGCUCGAGUGGAAACUGCUACUGAAGUUAGAGCACAUAGCUUACCUGAUGGGGUUGUUGAGGAGGACAAGGAG